GUGAGCCCGCCGGCUGGGGGCGGGGAGUGGCCGCGCCAGACCCACCGGCCGCCGGGCGCGCGGGCGGACGCGUCGUGAGGCGGGGACGCCCGGCCGCCGCCGCCACCGGGGCGCAGCGGGCUGCCUCCGAGGAGGGCAGAAUGGCGUUCAGCAAAGGAUUCCGGGUCUAUCACAAGCUGGACCCCCCACCCUUCAGCCUCAUCGUGGAAACGAGACACAAGGAUGAAUGUCUCAUGUUCGAGUCCGGGGCGGUGGCCGUGCUCUCUUCUGCAGAAAAAGAGGCGAUCAAGGGAACCUACUCAAAAGUUCUGGAUGCAUAUGGACUCUUAGGUGUUCUGCGAUUAAAUCUGGGUGAUACUAUGCUACAUUACCUGGUUCUCGUGACUGGAUGCAUGUCUGUUGGAAAAAUCCAGGAGUCUGAAGUUUUCCGAGUUACCUCCACUGAAUUCAUAUCCCUCCGAGCGGAUUCUUCAGACGAGGACCGCAUCUCAGAAGUGCGGAAAGUUUUGAAUUCAGGAAACUUCUACUUCGCAUGGUCUGCCUCUGGAGCCAGUCUCGACCUGAGCCUGAACGCACACCGCAGCAUGCAAGAGCACACGACCGACAACAGGUUCUUCUGGAAUCAGUCCUUGCACCUGCAUCUCAAGCACUACGGUGUGAAUUGCGAUGACUGGCUCUUGCGCCUUAUGUGCGGAGGCGUGGAAAUCCGAACCAUCUAUGCUGCCCAUAGGCAGGCGAAGGCAUGCCUCAUUUCCAGACUGAGCUGCGAACGAGCAGGGACCAGGUUUAAUGUGCGGGGCACAAAUGACGAUGGUCACGUCGCUAACUUUGUAGAAACAGAACAGGUGGUGUACCUGGAUGAUUCUGUUUCUUCCUUCAUACAAAUACGGGGAUCUGUUCCGCUGUUCUGGGAACAACCGGGGCUGCAGGUGGGAUCUCAUCGUGUCCGGAUGUCAAGGGGAUUUGAAGCCAACGCACCUGCUUUUGAUAGGCAUUUUAGAACUCUUAAGAAUUUAUAUGGCAAACAAAUAAUAGUCAAUUUGCUUGGGUCAAAGGAAGGUGAACAUAUGCUGAGUAAAGCUUUCCAGAGUCAUUUGAAAGCUUCUGAACAUGCUACUGACAUCCAGAUGGUGAACUUUGACUAUCAUCAAAUGGUUAAAGGUGGGAAGGCAGAAAAAUUGCACAGUGUUCUUAAACCUCAAGUCCAGAAGUUUCUUGAUUAUGGAUUUUUUCAUUUCAAUGGAAGUGAAGUUCAAAGAUGCCAGAGUGGUACAGUUCGAACCAACUGCCUGGAUUGUCUUGACAGAACAAAUAGUGUGCAGGCUUUCUUUGGCUUAGAGAUGCUAGCUAAACAGUUGGAGGCUCUUGGCUUAGCUGAAAAGCCCCAGUUGGUGACUCGCUUUCAAGAAGUCUUCCGGUCAAUGUGGUCUGUGAAUGGGGAUUCCAUCAGCAAGAUCUACGCAGGAACUGGAGCUCUUGAAGGCAAGGCCAAGGCUGGAAAGUUAAAAGAUGGUGCUCGUUCUGUUACUAGAACAAUUCAGAAUAACUUCUUUGACAGCUCCAAGCAAGAGGCCAUUGAUGUUUUGCUACUGGGAAAUACUCUAAAUAGUGACUUAGCUGACAAAGCUCGAGCACUUUUAACUACUGGAAGUUUGCGUGUUUCUGAACAGACAUUACAGUCAGCCUCUUCAAAAGUGCUAAAGAGCAUGUGUGAGAAUUUCUACAAGUACUCAAAGCCCAAGAAGAUUCGAGUGUGUGUUGGGACCUGGAACGUGAACGGAGGGAAGCAGUUCCGCAGUAUUGCCUUUAAGAACCAGACUCUCACUGACUGGCUUCUUGAUGCACCCAAGUUAGCUGGCGUCCAGGAGUUUCAAGAUAAAAAAAGCAAGCCAACGGAUAUAUUUGCGAUUGGAUUUGAAGAAAUGGUAGAGCUGAAUGCCGGAAAUAUCGUGAACGCAAGCACAACAAACCAGAAGCUCUGGGCUGUGGAGCUUCAGAAGACUAUCUCCAGAGACAACAAGUAUGUGCUGCUGGCCUCCGAGCAGCUGGUGGGCGUCUGUCUAUUUGUGUUUAUCAGGCCCCAGCACGCACCUUUCAUCAGGGAUGUUGCAGUGGAUACUGUGAAGACCGGGAUGGGAGGCGCGACUGGAAACAAGGGUGCCGUGGCCAUUCGGAUGCUGUUCCACACAACCAGCCUUUGCUUCGUCUGCAGCCACUUUGCUGCUGGCCAGUCGCAAGUCAAAGAGAGAAACGAAGACUUUGUAGAGAUCGCCCGGAAGCUGGGCUUUCCAAUGGGAAGGAUGCUCUUCUCUCAUGACUAUGUGUUUUGGUGUGGUGAUUUCAACUAUCGUAUUGAUCUCCCUAACGAAGAAGUCAAAGAGCUCAUAAAACAGCAAAACUGGGAUUCUCUUAUAGCAGGCGAUCAGCUCAUCAACCAGAAAAAUGCUGGACAGAUCUUUAGAGGAUUCUUAGAAGGAAAAGUAACCUUCGCUCCAACGUAUAAAUAUGAUUUAUUUUCUGAUGACUACGACACCAGUGAGAAGUGCCGCACACCUGCGUGGACAGACCGUGUCCUCUGGAGAAGAAGGAAGUGGCCCUUUGACAGAUCAGCGGAAGACUUAGAUCUUCUAAACGCCAGCUUUCAGGAUGGGAGCAAAAUUCUCUACACCUGGACCCCGGGCACUUUGCUGCAUUACGGGAGGGCUGAGCUGAAGACCUCUGACCACAGGCCCGUCGUUGCCCUGAUCGAUAUAGAUAUAUUUGAAGUUGAAGCAGAAGAGAGGCAGAACAUUUAUAAAGAAGUCAUUGCAGUUCAGGGGCCACCAGAUGGGACAGUGUUGGUCUCAAUCAAAAGUUCUUUGCCAGAAAAUAACUUUUUCGACGAUGCUUUGAUUGAUGAACUUCUGCAGCAAUUUACAAAUUUCGGUGAAGUUAUCCUCAUAAGAUUUGUGGAAGAUAAAAUGUGGGUUACGUUUUUGGAAGGAAGCUCUGCCUUAAAUGUCCUGAGCCUCAAUGGUAAAGAGUUAUUGGGUCGAACGAUAACUAUUAAUUUAAAAAGCCCAGACUGGAUCAAAACUUUGGAAGAGGAAAUGAGUCUGGAGAAAAUCAGUGUUCCCUUGCCAUCGUCAACAAGCUCGACCCUGCUCGGUGAAGACGCGGAGGUCACAGCAGACUUUGAUAUGGAAGGUGAUGUGGAUGACGACAACACGGAAGUCGAAGAGAUCCUUCCUCAACAUCUGCAGCCAUCCCCAAGCUCUGGCCUCGGCACCUCCCCGAGCUCUUCACCCCGGACCAGCCCCUGCCAGUCGCCUACGAUCUCCGAGGGCCCCGUGCCUUCUCUCCCCCUGCGACCAAGUCGGGUCCCUUCGAAGACUUCUGGGCACGCAGCUUCCCAAAGUUCUCCUAUCGAGACUUUGCCAGCCACGCAAGUACAGCAGAAAGACUCCACCCAGGCCUUAGAGCCCAAGCGGCCCCCUCCUCCCCGUCCCGUCGCUCCUCCCGCUCGGCCCGCUCCCCCACAGAGGCCACCUCCACCUUCAGGGGCUAGGAGUCCUGCACCUGCUAGAAAGGAAUUUGGAGGUACUGGAGCCCCUCCCAGCCCGGGGGUAGCUAGGCGAGAGCUAGAAGCACCCAAAAGCCCUGGAAUGGCACGGAAAGAGAACAUAGGACGCAGCCAGCCUCCCCCUCAAGCAGGACUUGCAGGCCCAGGACCUGCUGGAUACGGCUCGGCCAGACCGACUAUUCCUCCUCGUGCUGGUGUGAUCAGCGCCCCACAGAGCCAGGCUCGGGCGUCUGCUGGAAGACUAACCCCCGAGAGCCAAAGCAAGACAUCAGAAGGACCGAAAGGUCCAGCUUUUCUCCCUGAGCCAAUGAAGCCUCAGGCUGCUGCUCCUGUGCAGUCUCCUCUGCCCCCACCUGUUCACAAGAUGCCGGAGCCUCUGGUCCCCACAGCAGCCCCUCCGCCUCAGCAGGCCCCGCAGCCGAACCUGGAGAUGCCCCCCCAGCCACCUCCUCGGAGCAGGUCUUCCCACAGCUUGCCUUCAGAGCCUGCAGCACAGCCACAAGUGAGAAGCAACGGGAUCCCUGCUGUCAGGCUGGAAUCACCACUCCCAAGCGACCCGUUUGAAGACCUGUCAUUGAACCUGCUCGCUGUGUCAAAGACUCAGUUGCCAUUUCAGAUGCUACCUGCCCUCACCCCAAGCCCGCAGGGGUCGAUGCAGUCGCCUCCUGCGACGCAGAGUCACGUCCCCACUGUAAGUUGCAUGCCAGCAAUGCCUCCCAUCCCAGCCCGGAGCAAGUCCCAGGACAGCGCGCGAAGCUCGCCAAACCCAUUCACAGCUGGCUCGGCCAGCACCAAUCCCUUCACCGACAGGCCGGCGGCACCCGGGAACCCAUUCCGAACCCCGUCUCAGGAGGCAGCGGAGGCCGCCGCGUGGCUACCCCAGGACGAGCCUGUCGCCGAUAGGGCUUUCCCUGCCCUGAGCAAGCCUCCCCCUCUGCCUGGUGGCUUCGAGGACAGCUUCGACCUGCAGGGCCCUUCUGGAGCGAAAGGCAGCAACCCCCAAGGAUGGGUGACCUUUGAGGAAGACGACCACUUCCCGGGCUGCCAGCCAAGUCUGUUUUCAGGCUCCUCCUAUGUGGCCUUUGGUGAUGACUGGAUUAAAGGGACAAGCGUUCCUUUCUGUGUGCCGCCGUCCAGGAGACCCCCUCCACCCCCUGGCACCGCCCCGCAAGCUGACUCCUUCACAGUCCCAGCAGCGAAGGUGGUGCCCACGCCAGACUUCACGGACAGAUAGUCGGGUAGCAGUUUGGGCGAGGGAGAGCCAGAAGAGUUGGGCAUUAGUUACUCAGUAUGUGCAAUAAGUAAAUGUCGAGUGCACUGACGUCUUCCUCAGAUACCACUAUUUAACGUGUACAGCGUGGGGAAUAUGUGUAUAUUGGGGGUGGGGGAACAGAAGUCCUUCUCAUUAGUAGCUGGAGUUUUGGUGUGUUUCUGUCUGGAUGAGUCAGAGUGAGACGUAGCCAUAGAAAGUGCUCAGAACUACUUUAGAAAAUAGUCCUUGUUCGUAGACUCCUUAUCAGGCUUCUAAGAGUCUCACAAAUCCCAAACCACUCUUAACUGUCCUACUGCCAGCCCGUCCCUACUUGUUAACAGUUGGUAUUUAUAAGCAGUCACCAAAGAGCUACUACAGAGUCCUGCUAAAGCAAAAUCCAAAAAAAGCUGUUGAUUUUAAAGGGGGCAAAAAAAACCCCAACAACCCUGUGUACACACACCGAUUUCUACACUUACAUUCUGUUAAAAUUGAACAUCUAGACUACGACUCACAUCAGUUUCUUACCUAAAAGUUUGAACAAAGUCUUCAUCCGCCCAAUAGCUCAUUGCCAGAAGGAUGGCUGUACAUGUCGUCCGAACACUGCGCUGAUUCCCUGUGUGAGACAGAAGGGAUCUCGCCAGGGCAGCAGACCCUGCCGCACAGCCACCCGGCCGGCAGACACGGCACACGCCCAGCACACACCCAGCACCACCGCCCCAGGCCCCGCACGGCUUGGCAGCUGGCAGCAGCACAGUGGGUGCUCAGUGCUGUAUUGAUGGUCAGUGGGUUUGGUGAGGGACAGCAGAGCCUGGCUCUCCUCUCUGCCCUCACCAGUAGGGAAAGCAACUGGGCUCAGCGCUCUCUCGGAACUGGGGUUUGCUCCGAGUUCCUUUUUUCUCUCCCUCUCUCGCUCUCCCCUCACCAGGCUCCCCUCACACUUCUCCACUGUUGCUCCUGCCCUAAGAUGGUGGGGGAUUCUGACUCCUGCACUGCUCUUUUUGAUUUUGUGAAGUACACAGAAUUUUUACAGAAUGGAGUAUUUUGAUUUCAUUCAAUUUCAUUCCAACCAGAAAAUCCCCCGAGUGAGCACUAGCUGCUUCGUUGUCCCUUGAUCCAUCAAGUGCUCCAGGCAAGUUUGUUCCCCUCCCCCUGAAUGUCUGCGACUCAGAGUGUGUGGAGGGGAGGGGGCUUCUGCACGGAGAGCAGGUGGAGGAGGAGCCAAGAAGCACUUUUCCAGAUGUUAUCAAAAUACUCAUGAUAGAAGCCAUUCUCUCUGUUCAGCCUGUAUCUGCUGUCAGAAAGAACUCUUGUGAGUUUUCUGUUGUGCUUUUUUUUGGGGGGGGGGGGGGGCGGGGGCGUGGUCCUAACAUUUCAGCAGUAGUCUCUCCCAGACAGCAGUGUUACUGUCAGCAGUGUGCUUCCUGGUGUGAAUCAACUUGUUGAAACUGGCUUCAGCAUCUAUGUGAUUCGUGUAUACGCUACUUGCUCUCCAUUAGCGAAACUCAACUCAUGUCAGACUUCACUAGUGCCGACCGCAGUUCCGUGGGCCGUGUUCCUUCUCGACUGUAAACUACUGUCUAAGAAUACAUAUCAUAGCAGCUCCGUCGGGGGAUUCCACAUGGCAGGUUACUGAGAAUACACAAAGGUGUGGGGUUCAGGGUACGCUGCGAAUUACUAGCCAUUAUCCUGUGUCAUUUUCCGAUACCAGUUCUGUUCCGAGCAGAGCAGGCGUUCGACACUAAGGAUUUCUUUUGAAUUUCUUUGUUCUCUAUAGCAGAUUGCUGUUUAUAUGUAAGAAUUUGAUUGCUUCUGUGGCAUAUAAUAUUUAUAACUAUAUACUUUAUAGAAGUACAGUAUUAAAGUCAGUGGAAUACAGACCUUCUGUACAGAUCCUGUGAAAUGUGCUGUCAGAUGAAAUAAAUAUAUGUCUUUACCAUCCUGAA